CAGCAGCAGCGCGACCUCCUCUUCUGGAGACCAGAGCAGAAUGCCUGUGCUCGAGCGCUAUUUCCACUCGGCAGAGCUGGGCAGAAGGUGGACGGCCCCAGAAGGUGUGCUGCCCUCCUCCCUGGGCAGCCGGCCGGUGUGCCAGCAGGGGCCGCUGCCCUGGGACUUGCCAGAGAUGAUCAGGAUGGUAAAGCUGGUUUGGAAAUCCAAAAGUGAGCUGCAGGCGACCAAACAGAGAGGCAUUCUGGAGAAUGAAGAUGCUCUCCACAGCUUUCCAGGAGAUGUACGACUGAGGGGUCAGACGGGGGUUCCUGCUGAACGCCGCGGCUCCUACCCAUUCAUCGACUUCCGCCUCCUUAACAAUACAACACACUCAGGGGAAAUUGGCACCAAGAAAAAGGUGAAAAGACUGUUAAGCUUUCAAAGAUACUUCCAUGCAUCAAGGCUGCUUCGUGGAAUUAUACCGCAAGCCCCGCUCCACCUGCUGGAUGAGGACUACCUUGGACAAGCCAGGCAUAUGCUCUCCAAAGUGGGAAUGUGGGAUUUUGACAUUUUCUUGUUUGAUCGCUUGACAAAUGGAAACAGCCUGGUAACACUGCUGUGCCACCUCUUCAACGCCCAUGGGCUCAUUCACCACUUCAAGUUAGAUAUGGUGACCUUACACAGGUUUUUAGUCAUGGUUCAAGAAGAUUACCACAGCCAAAACCCAUAUCACAAUGCUGUUCAUGCGGCCGACGUCACCCAGGCCAUGCACUGCUACCUAAAGGAGCCAAAGCUCGCGAGCUCCCUCACACCUCUGGACAUCAUGCUUGGACUGCUGGCUGCCGCAGCCCACGAUGUUGACCAUCCAGGGGUAAACCAGCCAUUUUUGAUCAAAACAAACCACCACCUUGCCAACCUAUAUCAGAAUAUGUCUGUGCUGGAGAAUCAUCACUGGCGAUCUACGAUUGGCAUGCUUCGAGAAUCAAGACUUCUGGCUCACUUGCCAAAGGAAAUGACACAGGAUAUUGAACAGCAGCUGGGCUCCUUGAUCUUGGCAACAGACAUCAACAGACAGAAUGAAUUUUUGACCAGAUUGAAAGCUCACCUCCACAAUAAAGACUUAAGACUGGAGGAUGUACACGACAGGCACUUUAUGCUUCAGAUUGCCUUGAAGUGUGCUGACAUUUGCAAUCCUUGUAGAAUCUGGGAGAUGAGCAAGCAAUGGAGUGAAAGGGUCUGUGAAGAAUUCUACAGGCAAGGUGACCUUGAACAGAAAUUUGAACUGGAAAUCAGUCCUCUUUGCAAUCAACAGAAAGAUUCAAUCCCUAGUAUACAAAUUGUCCCUGGACCAUCACGAGCUGACUUCCCGAGUUUAAUUCCUUCAGUGCUUGAGAAGAAAGGAAUCAAAAAGCUAUUUUUAGUAAGUGAAAGCUAAAGUUAAAAUCAAAUUAAGAGAGAGAGAAUAGAUAUCACUGCCAGGCCUGAUAGGCAAAGCCUUUUUCUUUUUACAGCACCUGUGAACAGUCAGAACCUUGUUCCUGGAACGCUGACCUCCCCAUAACUCCCUGCUAGGCUGAGUGAAAAUUCUGCUCUGUUUCUACCUGCCUAAGGCUUCCCGCAAUGGGACGUGGAGCGUCCUGCAAAGCUGUCACCAGGUAGUGCUUCCUACAAGCUACAGACUUGUUUUGUAACCUUUUCUCAUGUUGAAUCAGAUCUGCUCACUGAUUUGAACAUUGGUUAUGAGCUUGUAUCUCACUGUAUUUCUUAUGCUUUGUUCUUUUAUGCAAACCCUUACAAUUGUGUUGUUUUGUGUACACACGUGAGGUUUGGAAAAAAAAAAAAACAUACCUUGUGAGUUUUUGCUCAAAAUGUGGCCGAAGUAUCCAUUGGCAUGUCUAGAUAAACAAUUAAAAAUAAAGAUAACUUCUUAAAAAUAUUGCAAUAUGAAAAUAUUCUGAUUCUCACCA